AUGUCGACCAGCGCCGCCUUGCCCUCCGGGCAGUUCAUCACGAGCAUAGGCGGAAAGCGUUGUACGGCUGUGCCCCGAAACAUCACAAGCACCGGCAGCUCCAACGGCAGCGCCGCGACUGCGACGCUCUCCUCUUUCUCCUCAUCCUCCUCCUCCUCUUCUUCCCUCGCACCCUCUUCGUCCUCCUCCUCCAAAAAAGCUGCCGAGACGACGACGAGUAGCAUCAUCAGAAGCAGUACCACUAGUGCCGCUGCAAUCAGCAAAAGUACACAGGCAACGGCCAACGGGGCCGCCAUUCCUGCCCCGGCCGUGAUCGAGGCAUCUACUCAGAAAUCGACAGCUACUGAUAUCUCGUCAUCCGUACCUGCUCAUGCCCCGUUCGCUGCCAUAACACCUGUUGGUACCGUGCAGUCCAGUCAAACGGAUAGCGGCGUCAUAGCCAGCCCGACUGCAGCUUCGGCUACAUCCGUUUCCGUUAUCGUCACCUCGACGACACCAACGGCGGAGGCAGACGUUGGUCAGACAAGCAGCUUCCCACUACUCUCGGCCACGUCCAGUACACCCCAAAGCAACCCCUCCAGCAACCCCUCCAGCAGUACGGCAGUAGCCGCUUUCACCACCGACGGCGGCGAUGCCUCGUCCUUUAUCACAUCUGUCCAGCUUAGUACAACCGAUGGCGCCUCUUCCACAACAUUAGCCGUAGUCACAACUACGAACAGUUUGAGCAACAGCGGGGCCAGUGCAGGCUCGUCAACUCUGAAGAGCACUUCAUCGAAAACGAAUUCAAGCAAUACCGCAGCUGUGGUUGGCGGCGUCAUUGGCGGUCUGGCAUUGCUGAGCCUGGUGGCACUGCUGCUGUGGCUAUGGCGGCGCCGGUUGAGACAGAAGCGCCGAAGCACACUGCUGACGCCGUUGUCGGCGGACCCGGCAGUAGCUGCAGGACGCGGAAGACAGCGUGAUCAAGCAGGCCAGGUCGGUGGCGUCAGCGAAAAGGGUGCCUACGAGAUCAACCGCGGCAGCAUUGGCCCGACUCCGGUAGCUACACGCAUGAAGGCUUCCAUCACCUAUAACCUACAGCAGGCACGCAGCCGGGUUGAAGGACUGCUGAGUGGUGGCGGGCGGACCAUGCUCCCAGGGGCAAGAGGAACAUCACCGCAGCCGAGCGUGAACAUGAACAGAGGCAACUCACAGUUCGGCAAUGACAAUAUGGGAAGUCGCAAAGUCGGGUUGACUCCUCUCGACCGCGCCAAGGACUGGUGGAGCCGUAUGGCGAACAAUGCGAGCAUUCGUCUGCGACAGAUGCGUGGUGAAAACGGCGGCGGCAUGUACAAGACAAGCGCAGGGGCAGUGUCCGUGCGAGGCACUGCGCCGUUGGCAAGCGGAAAUGGCAGCCAGCAGCAGCCUGACUUUUUAACGCUGCUGGGUAUGGACGAGAACGAGCUGUCACGGGCAGCCCAGAACAAGCGCACCAAGAAGCGGCGCUCCAAUGGCGGCAGCAGCAGCAGCAACAACUUUCUCGGCCCCCUCAGUGUCGACUAUUCGAACAACCCGUUUAGCGACAACAAUGUGCUGGACGGCAGCCCAGCAGCUGGCCAAGCUACUACUGCAAGCCGGAAUCCCUUUUCGGACGACUACGCUGCCAUGCCCACUUUGCAACCCAAUACGUACGCGGCCGGUCCGAGACGUUCACGGGGACAGGCUGCAACGCCAUUGCCACAGCCACUGCCACCGCCGCCUCCGGAACCGGCUUCGUCCAGCAGAGAACCUGCUUCUCGUGCAUCCAGCAGUACAGUUGCUACCGUUGACACCCGCCGCAACCGCUUCCGGUCCGAUCCAUUCGACCUCGAGCGACCCGAGCGACUACAGGUGUCGGGAGUGCGCGAGCCGAUGCCGGCUGCGAUGGCUGCGACACCGUCUACCCUGGGCACGUUUGGCGGCCAAAAGCUGGGCGGGCAGGCCGGUGUGCGUAUCUCCGGCAGGAGCAGGAGCGAUAGCCGUCCUGCCAGCAGCACGUACACACGCACUGCCAGCUUCACGAGCAAGUACUCGAGCGGCGCAAGCAUGUACGGCUGGAAUGAGCCCGGUCCAGAUGUCGGGCCGGUAACAACGCAAUGGGACGACGCUGAGGCAGAGAAUAGUGGUCUCUCGAAUAAGAGAAAGAGCGAGCUGCAACGGAAUCACAGCACCGGCAGUGGCACCAGCGUGGGCAAGGCUUUAUGA